AUGUAUCUCUUCAUCCUUGUUCUCAUCUACUUCUUCUAUACGUAUCCACACGUGCUAAAGUACUGGUUCCGCCAACUGCUUUCCUUGAAUAACCCAUCUCUCCUCGAUCUCGCUUCACCUCUUUUCUUUGCGACUUCAAUCGAAAUUGUGUCCGACGAUGACUCCGCUCCGAGCUACGAGGCUCCGGCAGUUACCAUCAAUAACAACGGCAUUGUCCCCGUCGCAGCCGAUGUACAGAAUCAGGAUGAACACGACCCCACUUCACCAAAACAUGGCUCAAAGAAGCGUGACUUCGUUGACCAACUCUCGCGACAGCCGAGUUUCUUGGAGCAUUUGGCAGACUCGAGGGACUCACAGUUCCCCGUACAAGAUAGAGGCGAGAUAGAGAGAUACUUUAUAUGUGGAUCUCGCUUAUCCCGCAUCAUCUGGGUGCACUUCGGUGAGCGAGAGGGAGAAGAGGGAAAGGUGGAUAUACUGAGGAAGCGGUCUGCCAUGGACCUUAUCCUCGCUUUUGCCGUCGCUUUAAAACACAAACUUCGCUUCGAGCCCGAUGUCGCAUACGAGAAUAUGGCUGGCCUAAUUGCCCAUUUGGACACCUUUACCAUUCAAGCCCAUGACCGGAGUAUCGUGCAUCCCCCAUCAAAGACGCCAUGGAAGUCCGUCGGGGAGUAUCAAGGGCUUUCAUUUGCCAAGUCAAACCCACGAAAAUUGAUUAAGAGGUCGAAGAAACCACUGGGACAUCUUCCCAUUGAGAUUUUAAUUCAUUUAUCUGCCUAUAUCAAAUCAUGCGUGAGAAAUGGCACACUCUCCCUGGCUCAGUACCAGGGCCAAGCAAUGACAAUGGUGUCCACACUAAAUGAAAUCCUGACGGGGACAGAGCGUGUGUUAGACACUCCAUCACCGGCAGCAUAUAGUAUCUCCACCUCGCAAAUCUCUUGGAUUUAUGUGCUGCUGCUUCCAUGUCAACUUUACAAAUCCUUGCACUGGACGACCAUUCCUGCUUCCAUGGUUGCGGCGUAUAUAAUCCUUGGCCUGCUCACCAUCGGCAGCGAGAUCGAAAAUCACUUUAGAGAGGACGUCAACGAUCUCCCCCCCCCACCACAUACUGUCGUCAGAUUGCGAAUGAGCUUGACAUAA